CUUUCAUUGGAUCCUGUAGCGCCAUGUUAAGCCUUCCCGACCGGAGCUGUGUCCGUUGCAAUAGCUAUGAAACACCUCCCUUUUACCAUUCGAUGACUAAGAUUUGCCUACCAUGCUCAAUCGAGCAGUGACUAAACGCAAAACAAUAAGCAGUGCCUAGGAUGGACCUAGCGCUUCUAGGUAGUGUAACGCAGCUGGUUGUUUGUCAGACAUCGUCAACAUGAAUCACCCUGACUCAUCGAGUAUCACUCGCGAGAACCCUUCAAGAACUUCGAUCUGCUAUCCCCAGACUAACGCAAGAAGUCAUCAUGGCAUUCUCGCUGCCGGCCUGCGAGCUGAAGUGUUCUGACGAUUUGCCACGGCUCGCUUUCUGCCUGGAGCGCGUGACUAAGCCCGAAGGCAAGAAGCAUAUCAUCCGUCAGGCAAGGACCGCUGUGGUCCACUAUCCACCUCGUAUCGAGUCAGAAGACACAAUCAGUGACAAGCUCGCCAACUACAUUCGCGAUGAAGAUUACACGAUCGACGAGAGCGAGCAAUCUAUCUUGGCUGCGAGUCUGACAUGGGCUCACAUCCUGGACCAGAUCCGCGAUCAUGAAGAUGAUUCACCCGAGCCAGGGGAACAAACCUAUCUAUUGAUCAUUGAUCUUAACGCAGUUUCAGAUCGAAGAGUCUACGAUGGCCGGCAGCUUGCUGUCAGUGCCACAGACGCAGGUCUCGCAAAAUACACUGCCGACGGCGCCGCUCCAGGCGAGAGGGCACUCCACGAAGUCGACAACCUCGCGCUUGUGUACCCGGGCAACCUCGAUAGUGGACUCGGCCUCGUCGCAAUCCUCGAAGCCGGCGAAGGAGAAAUCAGUGAAGUCGCAUGGAAGGGCAAGACGAUGAAGUUGCCUACAGCCUAUGCGCAGGAAGUUGAACUUCGCGUUCGCUUGCAAUCGACCACCCUGACUGAUGAGCUCGACAUAGGAGUACUGAUCGAAGAUGACCUUAAUGCUCAGUUCCGACAGCUGCAGCCGGAAUCGAGCCAGGGGUGGCGUAGCUUUCUAGUGCACGACAUUAUGAACGCAAUGUGUGACUAGGCUAGCGGGACGAUAGGUUAGCUGGGGCAAUAGGAUGUAAUAUACAUAGCGCUACGAGCUCCAGUCUUGAGCCAUGUCCUUCCUUAUGCGACUCUAAUGUGAAAGGCAUGUUUUGGUGCCCAACGCAAUAAAUAUACUGUCGCGUCCGACAAGUGUUAGGCCAUGCGCCUCCUUUUAAGCUAUAUGUCUUAGUUGUUAUCGCUGUUAUUCAUUGAUGUCGUGAAAUAUCAUCUCCAUACGAACCAAUCAAGGCC